UUAACAACUUUGCAACGCACAAAUAAGCUUAACGUAAUAAUACCCUGCAAUUAAGUUACUUUUUUUAUUCUGUGAACCAGUCAAUGUGGAGUCUGAUAUCGUAUAUAUUUUAGAUUUAUUUACAGUUUGCGCUUUAAUCCCACUAUCCGAUAAAGAACUUCGCUGAUAUCAUUUCAGGACGCGCAUAUAAGAGCCAGCACUGAGCGACAAAUGUUCACUUGCUCGCCGGACAAUGAACAGUGACCGCGGUCAUUCUAAUAAUUAAUUCAAGCAGAAUUUAAUAGCAAUAGCGAAUAUAAUAAAGUGGUGCACCACCCUAAAAUCAUCGCUAGGCCUAAGAGAAAUGGCAUAUAAACAUUUAUUUUCAGCAGUGGUUAAGACUUUCGUCUUUUUCUUUAUCCUCACAAGUUCAAGUGCCCUCGAGGCCGCAACCUCAGAAACAAACGAUGGAGUUGUUGUUUGUUACCAUGGCACCUGGAGCACCUACAGAGAAGACGAUGGACAGUUCAACAUAGAGGAUAUAAACCCAUCACUGUGCACUCAUGCUGUGUACGCAUUUGCUUCGAUGGAUAAUGAGACGUAUGAAAUGGUGUCGGCUGAUCCGUGGUUGGAUAUAAGCAAAGAAGGUUACAAAAGGUUUGUAGCUCUCAAAGAUAAAAAUCCUGAUCUGAAGGUAUUACUAGCUGUUGGGGGUUGGUCUGACGACUCGAAGAAAUAUUCCGACAUGGCAUUAUCUCAAAGCUAUCGAAAUACUUUCGUUGCGUCGUCCCUCAAUUUCGUGUCGCAAUAUUCGUUCGACGGACUUGACUUGGACUGGGAGUAUCCCGGCAGUCGCGGCGGAAGACCUGAAGACAAGGAAAACUUCGCGCUACUCGCGUCGGAACUACGAACGGCGUUUCACAGCAGAGGCCUCCUCUUGACGUCAGCCAUUGGGAUCGGAUCUGACAUUCUGAAGAAUGGUUAUGACUUUGAAUCCUUAUGUCGUGACUUGGACAUGAUGAACCUCAUGUCUUAUGAUUUGUAUGGAUCGUGGGAUUCAUUCACUGGCCAUCAUUCUAGCCUACACGCCCACCCGAACCUGGGAGAUUCCGGAUAUGGAUUGACCGAAGCUCUGGACCUGAUCCGAGAGCUCGGAGGGUGUCCGGACAAGAUGGCGCUGGGCAUUGGCACGUACGGCAAGACCUACACUCUCAGCGACGAGCAGCUCACUGAUAUCGGGGCUCCCGUUACCGGACCUGGGCUUGCUGGGCCGUACACACAAGAAAACGGAACGUUAGGUUUCAACGAGAUCUGCCUACAAACCAACUACCAGAAAGACAUCGAUAAUUUCACGAUGGCUCCUUGGGCAUUCGACGGGCUGCAAUGGGUGUGCUAUGAUGAUGUCGAGUCCGUCAGAUACAAGAGUGAAUGGGCCUUACGGAAUGGACUUCUCGGCGGAAUGAUCUGGUCCGUCGAAACGGACGAUUUCCGAGGAAAUUGUGGACAAGGAGUGUACCCACUGCUUACUCAAAUUAACAAGGUCAUCAGGCCGGAACUUAGCUCAACUCCUUCGACUUCAACAAACACUGGGUCUACUUAUGCGCCAAGUACCGAAGUUUCAUCCUCUCCUGCAGCUGGGGACAGAAAAAUUGUUUGUUACCUUGGAUCCUGGAGCUACUACAGAAAAGAUGACGGGAAGUUCCUAAUCGAAGACAUAGACCCGUUCAUGUGUACCCACGCCGUGUACGCAUUCGCAACUUUGAACGGCGAAACAUAUGAGAUAGAGUCGUUUGAUGAGCAUUUGGAUAUCGACUUGGGAGGAUACAACAAGUUUGUCCAACUCAAAAUUCAGAAUCCUGCUCUGAAGGUCCUACUAGCCAUCGGAGGUUGGUCGGAUGAAUCAGAAAAAUACUCGGACAUGGCUUCAUCUGCAAGCCAUCGUGGCACCUUCAUCCAGUCUACACUGAAAUUUGUUAAACAAUAUUCGUUUGAUGGGCUUGACUUGGACUGGGAAUAUCCUGCCAAUAAUGGAGGGAGGCCUGAAGACAAGGAAAAUUAUGGGCUUCUCGUAUCAGAGCUGCGAGAGGCGUUCACUCCAGAUGGCCUUUUACUUACGGCAGCCAUCGGUAUUGGCUCCGCCGUUCUUGAGAGUGCUUAUGAUUUCGAUGCGCUUUGUCCUAACCUGGACUUCAUUAAUUUGAUGGCAUAUGAUUUGCACGGACCUUGGGAAUCAUACACGGCACACCACACCAGCCUACACGCGCACCCCAACAUUCAAGCAGGAGACUAUGGUUUGACAGAAGCGCUGGAGACUAUAAAGAGGUUGGGAGGCUGCUUACACAAAAUGGUAUUGGGCUUUGCGUCAUAUGGCAAAACUUACACACUUUCAGAACCGGACCAAACUGACAUUGGUUCCCCAGUUCUCGGACCUGGGCUUGCCGGGCCGUACAUGAAGGAAAACGGGACUCUUGGUUACAACGAAAUUUGUCUGAGAGGAGAGUACCAACGAGAUAUAGACAACUUCACGAUGGCCCCGUGGGCGUUUUUGGGAGACCAGUGGGUCUGCUACGACGAUGUUGAGUCCAUUAAAACAAAGAGUGAAUUGGCGCUGAAAAACGGCCUUAUAGGAGGGAUGCUUUGGUCACUCGAAACUGAUGACUUCCGUGGAAAAUGUGGAAUAGCUUAUCCUCUCCUCACACAAAUCAACGAAAGCUUCAAAUCGGUGGACAACACAUCCACUACAACACCCACCACUACAACACCCACCACCACAACACCCACCACCACAACACCCACCACCACAACACCCACCACCACAACACCCACCACCACAACACAACCUACAACAACCACUGAUAGCGCCCGGUUGGUAGCACCCGCUGGCAUUGCGGUUAUAGUGACGCAGGCUAUCUUGCACAUUUGGCUCAUGUGAUGAAAUAAUCAAUGCAAACAUAUUAAAUUCAUUCGUUUCAAAAACCCAUAAAGUAUAAGCACCUUAUUUAAUUUCUUACUCAAACUGUAUUUUUCAUUUAGGUCAUGUAUUAUUCUAUUAUAAUCAAGCGAACGGCAUUGACGUGUCAGCACGAUGCCAGAAUGUCCAAGUCAUCACAGCAACUCUAUAUUUACGGCAAAUAUAUUAUGCCCAUCGUUGUAUCGUUGGAUUUUCCGUCUACGGGGCUCUAAGCUUAUGAAACUUUCUUUCUCUUUAGUCCAUGAAAUCGAUUGCAAUGCUUCGUUCAAAUUAAGGAUGCAUCUCUUCACCUCAGCAAUACCUGCUUGAGGAUUAGAUAUUAGCUCGUGACAAUCUGAAUAAAAUUGCUCUUCAAUUCUGAAUUUUUACUGUGCUCCUUCCUGAGCAAGGUUUGGAAACUAGUCACUUGGAUCGCCCGCUUAUCAUCUCAUGACAAAUCUCUAUUGCUAAGGCAUAUAAGUUUUUUACUUGACUUCUGCUUCCGUCUCGCAAAAGAAUACGUUUCCCGUUAAAAAAGGGUAUAAAAUUUUUCGCCAUUUUAGUAGCUAAAAUGCGAAGCAUCUAAUAUCAUUCCUAGGUUUAAUAAUUGUUAGAGAAGAAAUAUGAGAUACUGAAUUUCCUUAUGAAUAUGUGUAUAAUUAUGCUCAGAUUGAAAUAAAUCUCCAUCUACAAC